AUGUCUAAGAGAGGUCGUGGCGGUGCCGCCGGCAACAAGCUCAAGAUGACUCUCGGUCUGCCUGUUGGCGCCGUGAUGAACUGCUGCGACAACUCCGGUGCUCGCAACCUGUACAUCAUCUCCGUCAAGGGUAUCGGUGCCCGCCUGAACCGUCUCCCCGCUGCCGGUGUCGGAGACAUGGUCAUGGCCACCGUCAAGAAGGGAAAGCCCGAGCUCCGCAAGAAGGUCAUGCCCGCUGUUGUCGUCCGCCAGAGCAAGCCCUGGCGCCGCCCCGACGGUAUCUACCUGUACUUCGAGGACAACGCAGGUGUUAUCGUCAACGCCAAGGGUGAGAUGAAGGGUUCCGCCAUUACCGGUCCCGUCGGAAAGGAAGCUGCUGAGCUCUGGCCCCGUAUUGCCUCCAACUCCGGUGUCGUCAUGUAA